CACACACUUUCAUCUUCCAAUUCAUGCACUGAGAGCCAAUUUUCAAGCAAAUGGGUGUCCCUCACUUUCUUCUGAUUCCAUAUCCAACGCUAGGACAUGCAAAUCCCCUUAUGCAUUUGUCUCAGGUUCUUGCCACACAUGGCUGCAAGAUCACUUUUCUAAACACAGAGUUCCACCACAAACGAGCAAACACAGAAGUUGCUGGGCUAGACAACCCCAACGGACACCAGAUAGAGUUUGUGACACUCCCGGAUGGUUUGGACCCUCAAGAUGACAGAAGUGACCACAAGAAAGUUAUUUUCUCAAUCAAAAACCACAUGCAUGCAAUGCUUCCCAAGCUCAUACAAGAUAUCAAUGCUUUGCAUGUUAACAAUAACAUCACUUGCAUUGUUGUCACUGUGAAUAUGGGUUGGGCCUUGGAAGUUGGCCACAAAAUGGGAAUUAAAGGAGCUCUUCUGUGGCCUGCAUCUGCAAGUUCGUUGGCUACAUGUGAUUGCAUCCCAAGGCUGAUUGAUGAUGGAACUAUAGAUUCAGAUGGAAACCCCACCAGAAAACAAGAAAUUCAACUCUCCCCAAACAUGCCAAUGAUGGACACAGCAAACUUUCCAUGGUGUGGCCUAGGUAAGAUCCUCUUUCAUCAUAUUGCACAAGAGAUGCAAACUAUCAAGUUAGGGGACUGGUGGCUUUGCAACACUACAUAUGAUCUUGAGCCUGCAGCAUUUACCAUUUCACCAAUACUCCUACCAAUUGGCCCAUUGAUGGAAAGUGACACCAACAAAAGUUCAAUCUGGCAAGGAGACACAACUUGCAUAGACUGGUUAGAUCAGCAGCCACCUCAAUCAGUUAUAUAUGUUGCCUUUGGUAGUUCGGCAUUGAUUGACCGCAACCAAUUUAAGGAAUUAGCUCUUGGACUUGAUUUCCUUAACAAGCCUUUUCUUUGGGUUGUGCCUCCUUGUAAUGAUAACAAGGCAAACAAUACAUACCCUGACGAAUUCCAUGGAAGUAAAGGCAAAAUUGUAGGAUGGACACCACAGAAGAAAAUAUUGAACCACUCUGCCAUUGCUUACUUCAUUAGUCACUGUGGUUGGAAUUCUACCAUCGAAGGUGUAUGUGCUGGUGUGCCUUUCUUGUGUUGGCCAUUAGUCAAGGACCAGUUUGUUAACAAGUCAUAUAUUUGUGAUGUGUGGAAAGUUGGAGUGGGAUUAGACAAGGAUGAGAAUGGAUUAAUAUCAAAGGGAGAGAUAAGUAAGAAGGUAGAACAACUUGUUGGCGAUGAAGGCAUAAAAGAAAGGUCAUCGAAACUGAAGGAAUUGACCUUGAAUAACAUAGCAGAAGGUGGUCACUCUUCAAAGAAUCUCGAAAACUUCAUCAGCUGGGCAGGGUCAUAAUAAUGCUGUAGUAUAGUUUGGAAAUUGUAGUAAUGUUAGCACGAAACAAGACAUUUUUUAAUUUUCAUUAUU